AUGCGCAGCUUCCCCUCGGCCUUCCACUUCAGCAGCCUCUCCAGGUCCUCGGCGCUAUCCUUGGCCACAAACGUCACAAGCCGGCCCUUGACGCCCCCCAACGCCGUGGGCACCACCGCAGCCGUGAUCAGGUUGAACACGCUCCUCAUCGUCAUCCUGCCCCCGGCGAACACGUACGGCUUCCCAGCCCCAAGCUCCUUCGCAAGCUCGACCCCCCUCCCCGUCGACGCCGUCGCCGUCACCCGGCAGCCCAGCAGCUUGGCCACCUGCACGCUGAAGAUGCCCACCCCGCCCGUCGCGCCAUUGAUCAGCACCCUGUCACCCCUCCCCUCCUGCACGUGCGGUGCAAUGGUCUGGAGCGCCGUCAAGGCUCCCACCAGCCGUGUCUGCAACGGUGAGCUGUGCGAGCGAGCCGGGGGCCUUGAACGGGUUGACGCGGCCGACGACGGUGUCGCCGGCGCGGAGGGUGGUGACGUUGGGGCCGACGGACUGGACGGUGCCGGAGAGGUCCAUGCCGGCGGUCUUGGGGAAGCUAGAGAUGGCGCGGGCGAUGAGGCCUAG